GGCACAGUUGGAUCGAUGUGUUGGAGUCGGACGCGAGAAUAUAUUAAACCCUAGGUCGCCGGAGCGCCGCCGACGAGGCCUCGCCGCAGCAAAGGUUCGCCGGAAUCCUCCAAUCCCAUCCCCCUAAAAUUGAUGAGCUGCUGCGUGUGCGGCCGCUCCCUGUUGCUCGAUUGGUUCCGCGCCGGCGUCUUCAGGGUUGGUUGUUAAGGAGGGCUUCCCAUGGCCACGUCGUCGCCGGCGUCCAGCGGGAAGGCGGCCAGCGACCCGUCGGCACCCGCGGCCGCCAACGGAAAUGGGACGGCGCCGCAGAAGCUCCCCCCUGCGUCCGCCUUCGACAUGCCCAAGCCCAACCUGAGGGGACUCAACAAGCCCAAGUGCAUCCAGUGUGGCAACGUUGCCCGCUCGCGAUGCCCGUUCCAGUGUUGUAAGAGCUGCUGCUACAAAGCUCAGAAUCCUUGCCACAUUCAUGUUUUGAAACAGAACAACACAUUGCCAGAUAAGCCACUGCCAUCAACUGCUCCUUUGUCUGAGCAAGUGUCAACUAAUUCAUCUUUAACUGGCGCUUCAUCUAGGCUGGCCUCUCUUCAAAGGCUUCCCCACCAUUUCCUGAAUGCCCUCCGAACAAAGAAGUCCCUUGCCAAAAAGCAGGAUAUUGUGGGUAUAAACAAUUGGAGGUUUGAGAAGCUAAAAGAACAUAUCCAAGGAGACAUCGAUGCUGAAAAUGAAGCGUAUGAAAGGUAUACACAGAAUGUCGGGUUACUGGAGGAAACAUUCGGUCUCACAGAAGAUGCUGCUGUUGAACCUGAAGCUGAAGCAACUUCUUCAGAAGAGAGGAUGGAGACAUUGGUUUCUGAGGCAAAGGUGAGGCUGAAAUCGGAUUCUGCAAAUCUGGAUGGCUUCAAGGACAGGAUUGCCACUAUUUUGGACCAGAAGAUAAAGGAACUGCUAGAAAGCAAAAGUACCUAUGAGGAUGACAACCCUUCUGACCAAAAUUUAGAUGACCAUCCAAAACCGGUGAAGUUAUCCAUCAAGCAUCAAAUGGAGAGAGGUGCAAAGAUGACUGAGCUUCUUGGUAAGAUGAUAAGAGCACAUAGUGAGGCUGAUCUGAAGCCCUGCUCCCAUAUGGCGGCGCAGCUAUUCGGAAAGGAGAAUGGUUCCUCCAUGGUCACACCAAACAAGUCACAAGAAAAAGAGUUUAGCAGCCAAGAAGCUGCUGCAGCUGUUGCUUUUCCUUAUUCCUUUCCAAAGCUCUGGACUAGUGUGGAGAUUGAUGAUGCCAUGAUGUCUAAGAUCAACGGAGAAUUUUCGUCUUCCACUUCUGUCACGCAGCUAUGAACCUGGAAUUAUUCUGGGCAGGUCCAAUGCCAAAUACCAGGACACGAUUGAGCUGACCGGUGCUUCUUUUCUGUUUUUAACCCUAGUUAGUGUUCGUUUAAUGUAAGCAAUUGUUUUCAGCCAAGACAUACAAUGAGAACAAAUACAGUAGUUGACAAUUGACUAGUUGUGUAUUAAACCAUGAGAGCAACCAUACCCUAGUUGUUUCUUAUUGUGUCCAUGGAACAAUCUUAGAAGAGCUAUUGAUCGUCGACGGCGACGUCUUGAGGCGGCGGCUGCGCGUUCGACUUUGCGACGCGUGGCUCGCCGAUGAUGGUGGACCCACAUGUUAGUGACAAAAGACACCAUGCUUUUGAUUCUAUACUUGAUAAUCCCGAUCCAGUAGGAACACGCCAUGAUUG